AUGGCCCUCAGUAUCCGGCAGAAGAGGGUGCGAAGAAUCUCCGGAGACCCAGUCCAUGGGGUUGUGGUGCAAGGCCCUGUGGAUGGCACGUUGACAGGAAGAAGUUUGGAAGUGGUGGAGGAGCUGCAGAGGAGAAUGGUUGACGUGGCUGCAUUACAGGAGAUCAGAUGGAAGGGUGAAUGUACAAGGUUUGUGGGGGCUAAAGGUGGAAGAUAUAAGUUGUGGUGGAAGGGGGAUGAUGGUACGGGAGGAGUUGGUGUGAUGGUAAGAGAAGAGUUGGUGGAGAAGGUGUUGGAAGUAAGGCGGAGAAGCAAUGGUGUAAUUGUGGUGGUGAUGGUGUUUGGAAAAGUAAUAGUGAGGGUGAUAUCAGGAUAUGCUCCGCAACAAAGUAGGAAGGAAGAGGAGAAGGAUAGGUUUUAUGAUGAUGUUUCUGACGAGAUUGGGCAAGCGGGGUUGAAUGAGUUUGUGGUGUUGUUGGGUGAUUUGAAUGGUCAUGUGGGGGCGGAUGCAGACGGAUAUGAAGGUGUACAUGGGGGAUGGGGAUAUGGUAUACGGAAUGAGGAAGGGCGUAGAGUGUUGGAGUUGGCGGAUGCACAUAGCAUGGUGGUGGGGAAUACUUGGUUCACAAUGGAACCAGCGCGAUUGAUUACUUAUAGGUCAGGGGAACAUAGAUCGAUGAUAGACUAUAUAUUGGUAAGGGCCAAACAUAGGAAGUAUGUGAAGAAUGUGAAGGAUUUUAAGAUAGAUACACCCAUUCCAAGUGAUAACAAUGCAUCAAAAGAUUUACCUGAUACCAGAUCAUGCGGUGGUUUGCUUUUCACCUGUUCCAGUUCAGUUGCAGGAUAG